CAAUUCUCAAAGACAUUAUAAAAGCUUGAUUUACCAUAGAUUCGUAAUCAUAUUAAACCUAAGCAAUAAAGCAAGAAUAUCAUCAACUUUUAAAAGCAGGGAAUUAUCUUAAGGCGCGCAGCAAUGACGUUUAAAAAUAGUGAAAUCCUUUUGACCCAUUGUUUCUUUCUGCUGUUCUUAGCCACCGCACAGGCGGUGGCGCGGAAAGAGCUCCAAGAAGCUUCUCCUCCGCCAGCGGCAAGUGCAGCUGAAAUGCUCGAUUAUCCAGAAGAUCCGACUGCCGUGAUUGUUAUAGCCUACGCGAGCAGCGUCACCAUCCCCGCAAUCGCCUCCAUCCUCUUCAUGAAGAAAUUCAUCGAUUUCCAAGCAGUAAUCCUUGUUUGCGGGAUGUGUCCCUGGGUUUCCAAUGAGGCCGUUCGAUCUCACAGCGCCAUGUUUCUACUCAUCCAAAUAGCGCUCAAUUUCACCGGAUUUUGCUGCUGGAUCUUUUCAUGCGUCAGAAAUGCGAGGCUGAAAAAUGGGCGGUCGUCUUCGGAGGUGGCGUUUGAAACGGGGGCUUGGUUUUAUGCGCUGGGGUUGAGCGGCAUUGAGAUCGCGCUGAGGCUGUUGCUCCGUGACAGGAAGUUUCAUAAGGUGGCUUCUUGGUACCCGGCUGCUAUGUCUCUGCUUUUGUUUGUGGGCAAUUAUUGGAGUAGAGGCAGGGCAAUGAAAAGCUCUGCUAAAGUCUGAUGAUCUUUUGAGAAAU